CUGCGCCGCCCGGCCCUCGUGGUCAUCGCUGACCAGCAGGAUGACGUGAUUCCAGCUGUAGACGCGCAUCAUCUCGAACCAGACGCUCGACUGGUGGGAGUAGGGCGGCACGGUGCGCAGGAAGCUCAGAUGAGCAAACUGGUGCCCAGCGGGUGAAGGAGGCCGUGUCCAGAGGGCACAGGAAUGAGACCCCCACUCCUCAGGGCCAAAGGUCACUCGGGAGCCUCCCUGUCGAGAGGACACUCAGGCAGCCCUGGGCAAGGCCCAGGUGCCAGGGAACGCCAGCCACAGAGGGACCCAUGUGGGAAACCUCAGAGCCUCCAUCCACGGGGAGCCUUCAGAGGCGGCAGCCCUGGCUGAUGUCUUCACUGCGUCCUCAGAGAGACCUAGGGUGGAACCACUCUGCCAAGCUGCACUGAGAGAUAAUAGGGGUUUAUCAUCGUUUUAAGCACCGAGUUUUGGGGUAAGCUGUUAUGCAGCAGUGGAAAACUAACUCCAAUGCAGGGUGCUGCUCUAGGGAAUGCCUCCCUGAAAAGAUGUGAGAAAAUAUCUGAAUGGAAUGAGUGAGGACACAUGCUGUGACCUUUCCGGACGUUGGCCGUGGGUCUGUGCUGCAGCCUGAGCCAUUGGCCUGGGGCCGAGAUGCUUCAAAGCAUUAUUAAAAAUGUGUGGGUCCCCAUGAAACCCUGCUAUACCCAAGUGUACCAGGAGAUCUGGAUCGGAAUGGGCUUGAUGGGCUUCAUUGUUUAUAAAAUCAGGAGCGCAGAUAAAAGAAGUAAAGCUCUGAAAGCUCCCGCACCUGCUCGUGGUCUCACUAACCAGCCUCACUUGGGUGCACACGGGAGGGGACGUCCGUCUGCCUGUAGAUAUCAGCAAGCUGUGUUAGACGGGAACAUGGAACAUCCCUGUACACUUGUGUAAGUGCCGUCUACUUUGGCAUGAAUAAAUGUGUCGUGAGAUGUACCACA